UAAUUUCUGAUAGUUUUCCUCCCACUCUGUUCCUGGAGUUUAUUUUAUUGAUUAAUGAUCAGAUCCGGUCUGGACCGGACAGAACGGAGAUGGAACCGCUCAGAUUUCUGCUGGUUCUGUUGCUGGUGAACCUGGUAAUAUCUUCAGGUGUGUUUGAGUUAAAGAUCCACUCGUUCCACUCGUCCCAGCGCGUCUGCCGCCGGAGCCGCGACUGCCUCAUGUUCUUCCGGAUCUGCCUGAAACACGCGGAGGACGUGAUCUCGGCCGAGCCGCCCUGCACCUUCGGAACCGGCAACACCAACGUGAUCCGGGCCGACCACACGUCCGUGUCGGCCAGCGAGCCCAUCCGGGUGCCCUUCCACUUCAAGUGGCCGGGAACGUUUUCCCUGAUCAUUGAAGCCUGGAACGCCGAGUCGCCCACCGAGUUCACAGACAACCAGAACAACCUGGUGAGCCGCCUGGCCACGCGGCGGCGUCUCUCCGUGGGCGAGGACUGGUCCCAGGACGUCCACUUCGGCGAGCAGAGCGAGCUGCGUUACUCCUACCACGUCUUCUGCGACGACUUCUACUACGGAGACGCCUGCGCCGACUACUGCCGGCCGCGCGACGACACGCUGGGACACUACGCCUGCGGGGAGGACGGAGAACGCACCUGCCUGGACGGCUGGCAGGGCAACUACUGCUCCGAGCCCGUCUGCGCGGCUGACUGCUCCCCGCUCCACGGCUACUGCGAGGCCCCGGGCGGCUGCACGUGCCGGCUGGGCUGGCAGGGUCCCGGCUGCAGCGUGUGCGUGCGUUACCCCGGCUGCCUGCACGGCACCUGCAGCCAGCCCUGGCAGUGCACCUGCCGCGAGGGCUGGGGGGGGCUGUUCUGCGACCAGGACCUCAACUACUGCACCAACCACCGGCCCUGCCGCAACGGCGCCACCUGCAGCAACACGGGCCAGGGCAGCUACACCUGCAGCUGCAGGCCCGGCUACGGGGGGGCCGACUGCGAGCUGGAGACCAACGAGUGCGACAGCAACCCCUGCAAGAACGGAGGCAGCUGCAACGACCUGGAGAACGACUACUCGUGCACGUGUCCUCAGGGCUUCUACGGGAAGAACUGCGAGAUCAUCGCCAUGACGUGUGCGGACGGGCCCUGCUUCAACGGGGGCACCUGCGUGGAGACGCUGGCGGGGGGCGGCUACACCUGCCGCUGCCCCCCCAGCUACACCGGCUCCAACUGUGAGAAGAAGCUGGACCGCUGCAGCAACCGGCCCUGCAUGAACGGCGGCGAGUGCCUGGACCUCGGCCAGAGCAUCCUGUGCCGGUGCCGGCCCGGCUUCUCGGGCGCCAACUGCCAGGUGAACGUGGACGACUGCGCGGCGGCGCCGUGCCAGAACGCCGGCACCUGCCAGGACGGGCUGAACGACUACAGCUGCUCCUGCACGCUGGGCUUCACCGGCAAGAACUGCAGCGUCCGCUCGGACGCCUGCGGCGCGCGGCCCUGCCAGAACGGCGGCACCUGCUUCACCCACUUCACCGGGCCGGUGUGCCAGUGCCCCAAGGGCUUCAUGGGCCCGAGCUGCGAGUUCACGCUGCAGCCGGGGCUCCGGCCGGCGCUGCAACAGGCCCAGCCGGCCUCCGGCGCUACGCUAGCCGCCUCCGGCGUCCUGCUGGGGCUGCUAACGCUGCUGCUAGCCGCCGCCGGCCUGGCGCUGCGGCGCCGCAGGCGGCUGUCGCAGGGCCGGAAGCAGCUUAGCGACGUAGCCGUCUACAACGACCUGGAGACCAGCAGCAGCAGCAGCCUGGGGGGGGACCGGGACGCCUUCCUGGGCCCCCAGGGGCCCCAGGGGGGCCAGGGGGGCCAGGGGGCCCUGGGCCUGUUCAAGAUCAGCAACAGCACGGCCCGACUCAGCCUGGCGCUCUGCCCCCCCGACCGGUACCGGCACCAGCCCGGCCUGGCGGGGCAGGACUUCCUGUGGGCCGACGAGGGGCUGGGGGCCGGGCUGGGGGCCGGGCAGCCCGGGGGGGGCCUGAGGUGAAGAACCGGACCGGAGGGACUGCUAGCACUUGCAGGUGAUCGGUUCUGGGUUGGACCAAACCCAAACGGGCCUUCGCUCUUCCAGACCCAAAGACACAAAGAUUACCCAGAAUUCCUAGGACCUACAACACAAACCAAAUACAGGAAGACACAAACGUCAGACUACCUUUGGGGGGGCGGGUGCUGGUCCGGUACCAGGUACCGGUGGAACUAGUGGACCCGGUGGACCCACUAGACCAGGGGUCUUCAACCAGGGGUCCGCGACCCCUAGGGGGGCCGCGUAGGUACUGCAGGGGGACCCCCAACUUCAAAUAAAUAAAGACAAUUUUAACCAAAAUAAUUUGAGUUAAAAAAAAU